AGCCUAGUUCGCAAACUAUUAGAUUCGGCUAAAAAUUUACUCAGAGCAUACUCGAAAAAGCUAUUAGGUUCAGCUAAAAAUUUAUUCAAAGCAUACUCGAAAAGUAGCGACUGUGAGUUCAUUCUUAAAAAAAACACACAUGCACACAAUGACAAUGUUUAAACCAUUUUAUCUCCUUGUCCUGAUUAUCACAAUUUCUCAUUCAACAAGUGCCCAAACCCCAUCACCAUUUAACUUCAUCGAAGAUCUUCAAGGUUGUCACAAAGGCAACUCAUCUACUAAAGGCCUCCAUGGCCUCAAACACUACCUCCAUCAAUUUGGCUAUCUCAAUUAUCUAAACCAAACUCAUCUCGACGACGACGACUUCGACAACGCCCUCGAAUCCGCCCUCAAAACCUACCAAAGAAACUACCGUGUCCCCCAAACCGGCGCGUUGGACGCCGCCACGGUCGCUAAAAUGACCUCACCACGAUGUGGAGUUCCCGACAUUGUCGAUGGCAUCAACACUAUGGCGAGAAAGAAACAUCGCCGUCGCCCGUCAAAAUCUAUCCAUGUCGUUGCCAACUACGCCUUCUUCCCUAAUAGCCCCCGUUGGCCGAGUUCCCAAACACACUUAACAUACAGGUUCGUUGCCAACACUCGCAUUGAUGCUAUUGCUCCGGUGAACCGAGCAUUCAAAAAAUGGGCGUCGGCCACACACUUUACUUUCUCGCGCGUCGCAAGAAAUGCAAAAUCCGAUCUUGUAGUCGGGUUUUUCUCUAAAGACCACGGCGAUGGUUUUCCAUUCGAUGGCCCGGGUGGAACCUUAGCGCACGCUUUUGCGCCGACUAUUGGAAGCUUUCAUUAUGAUGGCGACGAGAAUUGGGUGAAUGGAGCUGUUGAAGGUGGAUUCGACUUAGAGACGAUCGCCCUCCAUGAGAUCGGACAUCUCUUGGGGCUCGGACACAGCGAAUUUCCGGCCGCCGUCAUGUUUUCCGUCGUCAGCUCCGGCCAAACCAAAUUAAAUCUUCACCAAGAUGAUAUUGAAGGAAUCAAAGCUUUAUACAAUGUCUGAAACUAGACAACACAUCAUAGGAUGGAUUAUAUACUGUUUGUUUGUGUUUUAUACGAGUGUUCACGAUAUAUUAU